AUGGAUGUGUAUAACCUUACAUGGACGGACCGGUCUGAGACAGAGAUUAGCUUUGUAUGGACGACUCCAGAUCUCAGGUCACCAUUUCGAAACGUAACCUACAACUUUACCUGGACCCCACCUGGUGGGAAAUCGUAUUCCACGUCUGAAAAUCAUACAGCUAUUGAAGAUCUUACUCCAGGACGCUUCAUUUCAACCUCUAUGAUGGUGGACAGCGGUUCAGAACCAAGUCCUGCAUCAGAUAGUUCAAUGAUCAAUAAUUUAACUCUACCAAAAACCAUCAUUUACUUUAAACCUGCUGAAGGAAUAGUUGACUACUACGAGGCAACGUUAACAGGAGGAAGCCCGAACAUUUCCACCAAGAGAGUGUCGAACAACACAGACCAUGUUAUAUUCAAAGUUCUAUAUGGAGAUAGGAACUACACUCUGACAUUAGUUACACAUACCGGCAACCUGACAAACCCUGAACAAGUAGAGAAUCCAAACGUUUCAAGUGAAACAAGUUCAGGAUUCUUCAUCUCUUGGUCACCUCCAAAACGUGCGAAUGGCGAGAUUACUGGAUACAUGAUAAAAGCUUUCAUUGGACAUGCUUAUUACGCAAAUAUUACCAUUAAGUGCAUCGACGACCAAAAUGAGGUGGAAGUAACUUCACCAAAUCGUAUAGAAUGCCAAGACAAGAUGAAUUAUUCCAUAUCAGGUUUAAUCUCAGCACAAAACUUCACAGUUACAAUAGCGGCAGUAAACGCGGCUGGUGUUGGGAAGCUUUCGACUCUAAAUGCCAGCACCACGGGUGGGAAAAACGUCAUGGAUGUGGAUAACUUUACGUGGACGAAUCGAACAGAGACGAACAUUAACUUUAUAUGGGAGACUCCACAUCUCAGGGAACCAUUUACAAACGUAACCUACAGCUUUACCUGGAGCACACGUGAUGGAAAAUCUGAUUCUACAUCAGAAAACCAUACAUCUGUCUCAGAUCUUACUCCCGGACAACUUUACACGUUUACACUUCAUAUCAAUCUCUAUGAUGAACCAAAUCCUGCAUCAAAGGGUACAACGAGUAAUAAGUUAAAACCACCAGAUAUCACCAUAUAUUUUGAACCUGCUAAAGGAAUAGUUAACUACUACCAGGCAACGUUAACAGGAGGAAGUGAAAACGGUUACACCAAGAACGUGUCCAAGGAUACAAAUAAUGUUACCUUCAGAGUUCUGUAUGGAGACACAAAGUACACGAUGACAUUAGUAACACAUACCAGCAACCUCACAAGUGAGCCAUUCAUCGAGGAGGUGAAAACUGACGUAACAAAUAAACCUGAUAAUGCUAUAAAUAAUAUCAGUUUCGAGGUUGGAAGUGGUAAAGAUUGUUCGAAGAAGCCAACCGAAUACUGUAAUGGCCCCUUGGACACAGGGUCACAAUACAGGAAUCUGAAGGAAACUGGGGAUGAUGAAGAAUCUGAGGCCGAGGAUGCAAUUGACCUCAUUAGACCAAUUAAGAUGACAAACUUUAGCAGCAGAUUGCAAGAACUGCAUCGAGAUUCGAAUCUGUUGUUUGCAAGAGAAUACAAGGAACUUCAAGAAAACAGUCCCAAAAGAUCACAUGAAAUAUCCAGUUUAGAACCUAACCGUGUGAAGAAUAGAUACGUCAACAUUUUAGCAUAUGACCAUAGCCUUGUGAAGCUGCUGCCAAUAGAUGAGGAUGACAAUUCUGAUUAUAUCAACGCCAAUUUUAUUCCUGGUUACAACUCGCCCAGGGAGUACAUUGCUACACAGGGCCCACAAGAUUCGACAAUCAACGAUUUCUGGAGGAUGAUUUGGGGAAAAAAUGUGCCAAUUAUCGUUAUGCUCACUGGAGUCAAAGAGGGAAUGAAGCCCAAAUGUGCUCUGUAUUGGCCUGAAGACCUGCAUGUUACAACUCAGUAUGGAGACAUUAUGAUUACCUUGAAAGAUAAGAAAACAUUCAACACAUCUACAUUGAAGACCUUCAAAGUCUGUUUGGAUGAACAAUACAUCCAUUUAAGUAUUAUCAUGUUUUAUAUUAAAAAUGAAAAGGGAACAAGUGAACGAACCGUGAAGCAUUUCUUCAUGCAUGACUGGAGAGACUAUGACGCCAACCUCACUCCCACUGAUGUUGUAAAUUUCAUCUGUGACGUCAGACGAGCGCGCCCAACAGGUGAUUCUGGUCCAACGGUUGUGCAUUGCAGGUACUGA